AUGAAGAAAAAACAUAGCAGCGGACAAAAUAAAAGGAAAUUAACAAAAACCCUAGAAAGUAGCGAAUCUGAGAAACAAGAUAAAGCGGAAAAUAAAGUUGAUUCGUUGGAUGAUGAGGAACAGGGGUUUGGAGGAUGGCUCAGGUCAACAGAUGGCAUUGAUACAAUGAAACUGUUCGUCAUUGCAAACACCAUAGUGAUGCUAACUACCAUAGUAUAUCCACACAUCCAGACAGCGUACGAAAUCGUAUACGAUAUGAUUUAUGGUCCUGACACUCUAUAUUGA